AUGUUCUGCCCCCGGCGUUCUGCCCCCUGCGCUCUGUCCCCUGCGCUCUGCGUUCUGCCCCCUCCGCUCUGCGUUCUGCCCCCUGCGCUCUGCCCCCUCCGCCCCCUGCGCUCUGCCCCCUCUGCUCUGCGCUCUGCGCCCUACGCUCUGCGCCCUACGCUCUGCGCCCUGCGCUCUGCGCCCUGCGCUCUGCGCCCUGCGCUCUGCGCCCUGCGCUCUGCGCCCUGCGCUCUGCGCCCUGCGCUCUGCGCCCUAUGCUCUGCGCCCUGCGCUCUGCGCCCUAUGCUGUGCCCCCAAUGCUCUGCGCCCUAUGCUCUGCGCCCUAUGCUCUGCGCCAUAUGCUCUGCGCCCUAUGCUCUGCGCCCUAUGCUCUGCGCCCUAUGCUCUGCACCCUAUGCUCUGCGCCCUAUGCUCUGCGCCCUAUGCUCUGCGCCCUAUGCUCUGCUCCCUAUGCUCUGCGCCCUAUGCUCUGCGCCCAAUGCUCUGCGCCCUAUCCUCUGGUUCCUAUUCCCCUUCUCGCCAAACCUCCACCCGCCCCCGCCCCUUUCCAACCCCUACCCCUCAUGCCGCGCCAUUCCCCUGUUCCUCCUCGCAGGGGGGGUGGCGCACAACAUAGCGGAGUGCAUGGCAGCACUCUCCGCCGCGCCCUUCCUCAUCUCCGCCGUGGGGGAUGACGCUGCAGGCAGGCCCAUGGCCCACCCUUUCUUCCCCUCAUCCGUGCUUCCCCACAUUUCCCUCCCUGCUUCUCCUCAGUUCCCCCCUUGCUUCCCCUCAUUUCCCUCCCUCUUCUUACGGUACUUCCUUUUUUCCCUCUCAGCCCUGCUUCCCUCUUCCCCCUCUUCCCUAUCUCCCCUGUUUGACUUUAGUCUUGUUCCCCCUCCCCAUCCCUCGUAUUCCCUCCCUCUCCCUGGGUAG